AGGGCGCUGUAGCCUCUAGUAUAUAAUUCUCUGUAGGGGAGUCACGUUCUACUUAUUAUUUGCAACAUAAGGUGGCAGAUUUAUUGAUCGCGUAUUUGAGAGGUCGCUGACAAAAUAAUAAAAAUACGUUUUAACUGAUUUUGGGACUUUAUUUGAACAUUGGACAUAAUGUCAACGUCUGGUUAUCAAGGCAAGAAGAGCUUCCCUCACAUAACGAGUGACCGAUUGCUUAUCAAAGGAGGUAAAAUAAUCAAUGAUGAUCGAUCCUUCUAUGCAGAUAUCUAUUUGGAAGAUGGGUUGAUAAAGCAAAUAGGGGAGAACCUGAUUGUCCCAGGUGGAGUGAAGACCAUAGAGGCCAAUGGGCGGAUGGUGAUCCCAGGUGGGAUCGAUGUGAACACUUACUUGCAGAAGCCAUACCAUGGAACAACAACUGUGGACGACUUUUAUCAAGGGACCAUGGCAGCACUGGCAGGAGGAACCACCAUGAUCAUUGAUCAUGUUGUCCCAGAGCCUGGAGGGAGUCUGCUGGCUGCCUUUGAGAAGUGGCACGAAGCCGCAGACAAGAAAUCGUGCUGUGACUACUCCCUCCACGUGGACAUCACCCAGUGGCAUGAGGGGGUCAAGGAGGAGCUGGAGAUCCUUGUGCAAGAUAAAGGUGUCACCUCCUUCCAGGUUUAUAUGGCAUAUAAAGAUGUGUUUCAGAUGACAGACAGUCAGCUUUAUGAAGCUUUCACUUUCCUGAAGGGCCUUGGUGCUGUGGUGCAGGUGCAUGCUGAGAAUGGAGACUUGAUUGCUCAGGAACAAAAUAAGAUACUCAGCAUGGGAAUAACAGGACCUGAAGGACAUGCUCUGAGCAGACCUGAAGAGUUGGAGUCUGAGGCAGUUUUCCGUGCGAUCAUGAUAGGCAACCGAAUCAACUGCCCAGUGUACAUCACCAAGGUGAUGAGCAAGAGUGCUGCUGACAUCAUUGCGCAGGCGAGGAAGAAGGGAGCUAUUGCUUUUGGAGAGCCACUGACUGCCAGUCUUGGAACAGAUGGGACGCACUAUUGGAGUAAAAACUGGUCGAAGGCGGCGGCCUUUGUGACAUCACCGCCAUUGAGCCCUGACCCUACUACACCUGACCACCUCAACAUGCUCUUGGCUUGUGGGGAUCUGCAGGUGACAGGCAGUGCACACUGUGCCUACAGCACUGCCCAGAAAGCCAUUGGAAAAGACAACUUCACUCUAAUUCCAGAGGGGACCAAUGGGAUUGAGGAGAGGAUGUCUAUCGUCUGGGACAAAGCAGUAACUGCAGGUAAAAUGGAUGAAAAUCAGUUUGUAGCUGUGACCAGCACCAACGCUGCCAAAAUCUUUAACAUGUACCCCAGGAAAGGACGGAUAGCAGUGGGGUCAGAUGCUGAUAUUGUCAUCUGGGAUCCAGACAAGAUAAAGACCAUUUCAGCCAAAAUGCAAAAUUCAGCUCUCGAAUACAACAUUUUUGAAGGAAUGGAGUGCCGCGGGGUCCCCUUGGUGGUUAUCUGUCAGGGGAAGAUCGUGUUUGAAGAUGGCAAAUUGCACGUUCUCCAGGGAAUGGGGCGCUUCAUUCCCCGGAAGCCUUUCCCUGAAUAUGUCUACCAACGCAUCAAGACCAGGAACAAGAAGAUGGAGAUACUUGGAGUCUCCAGAGGCAUGUACGAUGGGCCUGUGUAUGAUGUUCCUGCCACUCCCAAAUAUAUCACACCUUCACCAUCUCCUGCCAAGAACCAGCCUCCACCUAUCAGGAACCUUCACCAGUCCAACUUCAGCCUGUCAGGAGAAACACCUUUGUCUGCCAUUCCCUGGGCAGCUUCUCGGCAGUUGGAAGGGUGCAAUAAUACAAACAAACAUUACAAGCACACAACAAUAAUAGGUACCCAGGUUGAUGACAACAUUCCAAGGCGUUCUGGGCAUCGCAUUGUGAAUCCCCCUGGUGGCCGCUCCAACAUUACCAGCCUUGGCUGAACCCUUGAACUUGAAGAUUGUGACAUCACAAUGGAUCAUUGAGGGAGAUUGUUCAGUUACUCUGUACUGUAUAUCAGUGUUCUUGAGUCCUCGGAGUCUUUGUAUUACUGCGGAAAAUGAAGUUGCUGUUUGUCUAAUAGGAUCAGGAAAUGUCAUUUCUUGAAUUGAUUGCCUCACCCUUGUGCUGUACUUCUUACCAUAAUCACCUCAACAAUGGUGCUUCCAUUACCCUUUCAGUAAAAUUAGAUAGACAGAUAGAUAUAGUUUUGUAACUAGAAAUUCGUUCUUUGCCCUUUUUAAUGUGGUUGGUUAGUUAGUUGCAUGUAGUAAAACAUUUUGUGGAUAGAAUUUUUUUUUGCCAAGAAUCCUCCAAUUUAAAACACACUUGGUAGAGUAAAAUACCACUAAACACAUGCAUAGGUCUGCAACACAAGGCUUCUUACAGGUGUCCUUUUAAAAAAAGUGCUAGUUUCGAUAGGUAUAAUAUUCAGUGUUAGUGACUGCAUCCAAGAUCAGUAAGGAUGCAAUUUAAAAGUUAUGACAGCCAUAUGCAAAAUAUAGUUUAGCAUUGUAAGUGAAUGGAAAAACAAAAUAGCAUAUCAAAUCAGUGUUUAUUUCUAGCAAAGUAACACACACUGUAUUGUAAUUUAACAAGAUGGUACAACAGCAAGUAACAUUUGUACCUGUGUAAUACCUGCAUGAAAUCAGAACCCAGCCAAAUAUUCCUUUCAGGUUUUUUUACUGAUUAUUUCUCAUAUCACCUACAUUUUACAUGUUUAAUUGCUGUUGUCUGGUGAUUUAACAAUUAAAACUCAAACUGUGAAAUAAACCAUGAAAAA